AUGCAGGACAACUCCUGUUGGGAGAGCAGCCAAGCAUCUCUUUCAAAACUAGAGGGCUUGGAAGCUCUUAAACAUCCACUAAAAACAAAAAAAGACAGAAUAAAUAAUCAUUUCGGCUGCACGCCAAGGACCAGAGUGAUGUUUUUAAAGACACACAAGACUGGCUCUUCCACGCUCACAAACAUCAUGCUGCGAUUUGCGUACAGGAACGGUCUGCGGGUUGCCUUGCCGUUCAUAGGGGGAGAAAACCUGUCGGAGGACAAGGAGAAGUCAGCCGGGUACCCGGGGUACGUCCUCAGGGACAGGAAGGACCCAAAUAAGCAGUUUGAUGUACUGGCUCACCACUGGAAGUAUGAUUCAGAAACGCUGAGGAAGAUCAUGCCUGAGGACACGUAUAAGGUGACGGUCAUCCGCGAGCCCUGGGAGCAGUUCAAGUCAGCGCUCAGCUUCUUCCCGGUGUUUCAGAAGCUCGGAUUAACAGGCGACAACCCCGUAGGGGCUUUCUUCGCCCACACUGAAACCAGCGGUGCGUACCGAUGGCUGAAAGACUUCAUGAUACGCGAUCUGGGGUGGAAAACUGCAUUAAAGGAGUCGCACGAUACAGCCGUCAAAAGGGUGGAGAACCACUUCGAUUUAGUGAUACUGACAGAAUACAUGGACUACGGCCUGGUCCUUUUACGAAGGCACCUGUGCUGGGAUAUUGAAGACAUAAUUUAUUUACGACUUAACGAACAGAGCGAGUACAGCUUUGAUGUUACGCCCGACCUUGAGCCGAUGUUGAGAGCAACCCACAAGGAAUGGAGUCCCGGGGACCAUUUGCUCUACGACAGUUUGAGUAAGGCGUUUCUGGAGACCAUCAAGGAGCAAGACGUAGAUUUUCAGGAGGAGGUGACGUACUUUCGCCAGGUUCUGAACGCCGUGGAGAAAUUCUGUAGGGGUACAGUGGCGUCCAAUUUGGCGGGGUUCGUGGUGCCGCCCUCAAAGUAUACCGCGGGUUUCCGCGUCUCCCGCCCGCUCUGCCAGCUGAUGCAGAUCCACGAGGCCAUCUUUUCCAUAUUGCUGAAGAAGGAAUACUAUCAACAGGUUUUCGAUGUUUUAUUAAACGAGGAAAGUGUGGAAGCCAACAACAAAACGCAGGAUGAAUGA